AUGCUCAGUCCAACUCCAACCAUACAGGCCUUGAGAAAUCCGGCACAGAGGAGCACAUCAUCAUACGGCGGCGGAGGAGGAGGAGACCUCAUCUCCUCCGCCUUAGUAGCCUUACUCCUCGUCAUCGUCUUCGUCGCCUUACUCCACGUUUACGCCAAACUAUUCCUAACCCAACAAAACCAAUCUCCACCCAGGAUCAUCACAACACAAGUAUUCUCCGCAUCUCUCCUCUUGGCUCACACCCGUUUCCGUCGUCACCCCGAGAGUUACCCAACCAAGGGCUUGGAUUCUUCGGCAAUUGCUAAGAUACCCCUGUUCGUGUACCGGGAGGAGGAGAACCCGGAAGAAUUGGAAUGCGUUAUUUGCUUAACCGCGUUUGAAGGGGGAGAGAUCGGGAGGAAACUGGGAAAGUGCGGGCACGGGUUCCACGUGGACUGCAUCGACAUGUGGUUGGGGUCCCACUCGAGUUGUCCGACGUGUCGGGCUUUGGCGAGUGGGUCGACCCAGGGAAGCGAAGUUAGUUCGGAAGUGUCAAACGUUGCUGAUGCGAGUGGGGAUUCGGUGGGUGUAUCGGAAAUUGUGGUUGAGGUUCCGAGUUCCGGUGAUGCGAGGGUAGUGGGAGGGAUGGGCGGCGGCAGCGGUGGCGAUGCGUCGUUGGUUCGUUCGUCGGCGUCGCAAGCGGCGGCGGGGCUGGGCGGGUCGUUGAAGAGAAUGUUGAGGUGGAGUGUAUCUGGAAGGAAAAGUCGUUCGUUAUCCAAUGUUGUUGUAACUGAAUCAGACAAUCUAGAGAGAGAGUAGAGAGAUCAUCGUCCAUGGUCUUAACUUAAUU